ACAGGAAAAAGAAAAAAAGACUGAUCUGCCCGUCGACUCUCGCUCCAGGGCCAGCAGCAGGAGGAAGGCAGCGGAACGCCAAUCCAACUCCGCCGCCGCCGCCGCCGCCGCCGCCAUGAGCGCCAUGAAGUUCUGCCGCGAGUGCAACAACAUCCUGUACCCCAAGGAGGAGAAGGAGCGGCAGCUGCUCCUCUUCGCCUGCCGCAACUGCGAGCACCAGGAGGUGGCCGCCGACAACUGCGUCUACCGCAACAUCGUGCACCACGAGGCCGGGGAGCGCACGCAGGUCCUGCAGGACGUGGCUUCCGACCCAACCCUUCCCCGCACCAAGGACGUCCGCUGCUCUGCCUGCGGCCACGGCGAGGCCGUCUUCUUCCAGGCUACAGCAAGAGGGGAGGAGGGGAUGACUCUGUUCUUCGUAUGCUGCAACCCCUCCUGCGGCAACCGGUGGAGGGAGUGAGCGAUUCACAUCUCCUUCCUGCGGAGGCUACCGGCGACCCGUGCCCUUUAGGAUCAUGCUCUGGAAUUUAGUUUCCGAUAGCUAGCUUCUUGUUAGAGCACAAGGGAGCUGAACUUGUGAAACAUAUAAAUGUGGUUUCGGUACUUGCUCGUGGCCAUGCAUAUAUCGUGCAAACCUUUAUUAUGCCGCCCCCUAAUCACAUUUGAUAGAUUGGUUAUUGCCUA